AUGGCAUCUGCACGACUAGACGGCAAGGUCGCCAUCGUCACCGGCGGCGCCUCUGGCUUCGGCAAAGGCAUUGCCGAAAAGUUCGUUCGUGAGGGCGCCAAGGUCAUCAUCGCGGACCUCUCCCAGACCAACGGCCACCCCGUCGCCGCCGAGCUCGGCUGCACCUUCGUCAAGACGGACGUGACGCGCCGCGCAGACUGGGAGGCCGUGCUGGCCGCCGCGCUCGCCACCUACGGCCAGCUCGAUAUUGUCAUCAACAACGCAGGCGCGACCUACACCAACAAGCCCGCCGAGCAGGUGACGGACGUCGACUUUGACCUGGUCAUGAAUGUCAACGUCAAGUCCAUCUACCUAUCGUCCUCGGUCAUCGUUGAGUAUUUGCUGCGCGAGAAGCGGCCCGGCUGCUUCAUCCAGAUCGCAUCGACGGCGGGCAUCCGGCCCCGGCCGGGGCUUACCUGGUACAACGCCUCGAAAGGCGCCGCCAUCGCGGCUACAAAAGCCCUGGCCGUCGAGUACGGCCCGAAGCAGAUUCGCUUCAAUGCCGUCUCGCCCGUCGUCGGGAGCACCGCCAUGACCCCUCUGUUCUUAGGUAAACCGGAUACUCCUGAGAAUCGCGCUGCUUUUGUGUCAACAAUCCCUUUGGGGCGGCCCUCUACACCUGCUGACGUCGCCAACACGUGCUGCUUUCUCGCCAGCGGUGAGGCCAACUUUCUGACUGGCAUCAACGUCGAGGUUGACGGAGGUCGCUGCGUUUAA